AUGACUCUUCUCGCUCGACCAAUCUCUCGGGAUGAAUUUAUCAGGGCCUUUCGUCUCUCCAUUGGAAAUUCUGGAGGACCAGAUUCGACGGGUCUACUGUUCCUCAUGCACCGCUAUUUCUCAGAAAACCUGCAUGUGUCAAACUUGCCGCGUCGUGUAGUGUCAUUGCAUGUGGAUCACGGAUUGCAAGUCGCGUCUGGGGAUAUGGCCAAACGUUGUACGAACAAUGCGAAAUCCAUUGGCGUAGAACAUCAUGUCCUCAAAGUUCCCUGGUCAAAAGACGGGUUUCCAAAGCUCCCUACUGAAGGACCUCUGGAGCACAGCGCGCGCCUUGCUAGGUACAGGGUUUUGUUCGAUGGAAUGACCCAAGCGAACGCAAGUAUUUUAGCACUCGGGCACCACGCAGAUGAUCAAGUCGAAACAUCCCUAAUGCGAAUAAUGAAAGGAUCCACGGAAGACGGAGCUGCUGGGAUGAAACACUGUAGAAGAUGGGGCAUGAAUUUUGGGUACUUUGGUGCCGGAGGACCCAUGGAUUACGAAGGAAUGAGGAGAUGGAUAAUACGUCCACUUUUGAUUUUCCCGAAGGACAGGCUGUUGGCGACCUGUGAAGAGAACAAACUCUCGUAUGUCACCGACGAGACGAAUUUUCAACCUGAACUUACCCUUCGGAACGCUUUGCGACAAUGGCUUGCGAAUGACGGGAAACAAAGCGAGUCCGAUGAACAUCUUCUCAAUGUUUCCAUUCUUCGCAAGAAACUCGCAGCGCUCGACAUUGACAUAGAUCCGUCAGGUGGAGUAGGUCAAAUUCGCUCGGCGGUGAAUGCCCUGACUCUUCAAGCGGACGAUAUUGAUCACGAAGUGGACUUCAUGUUGUCUCGUAACGCUCUACGUUCGCCUCCGGGCACAUACCUGAUCACACACCGGAGCUUGGCAUCAAUAGAGAAUCCAAAAGUCCAGAGAGCUAUCAUCCUACGUAUCCUUCGCUACGCUUCAUUCCACCCAUGGGGCUCUCUCGCAGCUCAAGUCAACCGUCGCACCAAUAGUCUUUCCCAAAUCGUCAACAAGUUGUGGGGUGGAAAUCCCUUCGAAAAGCAAAUCCGACCGUUUUGUGCAGGUGGGGGCGUCUCAUGGACACCUGUAGCCAUCUCCGGGGACAAAUUUCGUUUUAUCAACAGAGGUUCAAACGGGAAUAUCAAUUUCAGAAACUCAGAGACUUUCGGUUGGUUGGCUUCUCGUCAAAAUCCGCCCAGUCAUGAAACAAUGUCCGGCCGCGGUUUCACAAAUCCACUCCGUGUUGAUAUAACGUCCAGAAUCAUCUCGAAGCUUGAUUCCGGGGAUACCACCCCACUUGAAGUACUCUAUGAUAAUCGUUUCAUCGUCACCAUGAACCUCGCCUCUAUACCUCCCGAAAUUGAGAAGAGCAUACGAAAUCCAGACAAUCAAAUCUGGUUAUUGUCACAGACAAGAUGGUUUUGGCCAAAGGUUGUCCUCAAGAGCCAGACCCAAGAAGACAUUGUUCUUCAUUCAGCAGCUCAGUCACCGAAGAACCUCGUUCUCUUUCACAAUCUGAGCCCUAGUGAAGUUGAUCAGUGGAAACAAAUCUAUUGGAGACCAUAUGAAAAGGAGAUCGUUGCUCCCUGGGUUGAGGUUGAUUUCAUGAGGCCGUUAACUACGAUGUGA